AUGGGACUUGGAACUUUUAUAGGGUUGCUUUCUAUAUUUCGACAGACAUGCUCUCGAAAAUCGCUACUAUCCGUUUUUCUUGCGCAGAUUGUGUUUUUUGUUUUGUCACAAUGUGAUGCAUAUUCGUUAGAACUUUAUACAAAGAAUAGUCUAUGA